AUGCUUCUCGAACCUAUCGAUUCCGCCUUCUCCCCCGCCCGCUCCAUCUUCAAGCGCUGCAAGCAGUGCGAAACCUCCUCCCCCGCCUGUCCCGCCUGUCCCGAUGGCUCAACAUGCACUAUGAGCGCGCAGACAUGCGACUCGUGCGCCACAACGAAAUGUAUCUCCACGGGCGGCUCCCAGCCAUCCGACUCCGGGGGCAGUGACGCCGGUGCCAUUGCUGGUGGCGUCAUCGGUGGUGUGGCCGCCAUUGGCCUCAUUGUCUUUCUGAUCUGGUGGUUUGUCAUUCGGAAGAAGCGCCUGGAGCGCGAUGAGGCAGAGAAGAAUGGCUCGUUCGCCGCCGCUCGCAGUGAACGCCAAUCUAUCGCCUCGACCGUCCUGACCCGUGCUUCCAACGUCAUUCAAAUCGCCUACAUUCCUGGUGUCACCAAUCGCUCUCCACCUGAGACACCAGCCUCCCUCGUUCCUCCCGUCCCCCCUCUUCCCGGUGCCUCGCCCGACCAACACUUCUUCAUGCCCGGUGACCUGCGUGACUCCUCCUGGACCACGACCACGGGUCACCAGAGCAUCUCGCCCACCUUGCGCAGCAGUGUCGCGACCACGAUCUACCGCAAUGACGCCAUCGUCAGUGCCGUGCCCGCCCAACAGAUUCAACGCUCUCGCGCCGCCGUCGUCAGCAUUCACAAUGGAGGGGCUGGCCCCAACGCCCCCGGCGAUGACUCCCCUGUCGCUGUUACGAUCACUCCCGCAGAUGCCCCUGCCGUUCCCGCCAUCACUCCCGCACAGCUUGCCCGCGCAGAAGCGGUCAAGGGUAACAGCUCAUGUGUGGCUCGUAGUGUCACUGCGAAGCCUGUAAUGGUCCGCGGGCCCUCCCUCAAGAAGAAGGAAAACCAAGCACCACCCACCAAUCGAAUCGAAGAAGUCUCCGAGCACAGUAAAAGCGCCAACAACAGCCGAGCAGUGUCAAGCGCCAGCGACCGAUUCGACCAUAACAUCUCUACCUUCGACGGUUCCUCCUCAGACGAGGAGGACGAAGCAUACCCCUCUUCAACGGCCAAUCUGGAGACGGGUUCUUCCCAGCGUCAAAAAAACCGAUCAUCCGGUCUAAGUGAUGGACGAAGCUCUCCUCGGACACCACCCGCCCGAGUAGAGAGUCCGUUCUCGGAUGCUAAUGAGGUGAAAUGA